AGGAGGAUGAGGAGGAUGAUGAUGGUGAUGAUGGUGAGGAGUGUGAUGCUCUGCAGGCUCGUGGCGUAUCUCUCCGUCUCUCUGCACGCGCUCAUCUCCCCGUGCCAGCUCCAUCCCCAGCCCUGUGGCAUCCUGGCACAGAUCGGGCACACCAUCCGCCUGGGCGCCGUCCUGCCCCCGCGCCAGCCCGCGCGCGUCCGUGCCGCCCUGAACCGCGCGCUCCUGCACGCCCGGAACCGGCCGCACGCGCCGCUCCUACCCUACAACCUGAGCCUGGAGGUGGUGUGGGCGCGCGCGGCGCACGCGGACCCGGAGUCGGUGUUCCGGUGCGUGUGUCAGGACGUGGUGGUGCGGGGGGUGUCCGCCGUGCUCGCCUUCCCGCAGAGCCGCCGGGAGCUCGCGCAGGUCGACUUCAUCUCCGCCUUCCUCGAGAUCCCGUUCAUCAGCGUCAUCGAGGAAGGGGAGGCGCUCCACACUCAGAACCGGUUCCACUUACAGAUGCUGACUCAUAUCCCUGCAUCUGGAUUGGCUGAGCUGCUCCUGUCUGUCCUGGUACGUGUGGGGUGGCAGGGCGGGGCGGCGGUGAUGUGCCCAGGAGGGGGCGACACAAAGGUGUUAGAACACCUCCAGCAGCAGGGCCGGACUGGACUAAACGGCUCACACUGGCACCUGUGGGAAACCCUUGACCUUUCUGGCCACUGGGUGUCUCUGUCCAGCGAGGAGGAGGCUAAUAAUAACAACAACAAUAAAUUUAUUUUACAUGAAAAUCCAGAAGGAGCAUUACAGGAAGUAUCUGAUAAGGAAGAGGAAGUGAGCGAGCUCCUUUCACAGCUCAUGACCCGAACCCCAUCUGCUCUGCAUUCCAGCGUGAUCGUGUUUGGGUCCGACCCGGAGUGUGUAAGCUUGGUUUUGCGUGGAGCAAGGCGACUCGGACACACACUCUGGGUCCUGGGACUGCCUCUAAACCCGGAUGCUUUAAGUGCCUUUGGGUCUCCAGAAGGCCUGCUGGCAUACGGACAGACGGAGCGCAGGCCGCUCAGCUCCUACAUCAGCGAUGCCCUGCAGCUGGUGGGCCGGGCCGUGUCCGACGCCAGCGUGGUACGACCCGACCUGGCGCUCAUCCAGAACAUGGUCAACUGCUUCGACAAGCCCAAUAAACACGAGGUGCUGUCCUCCGGACUCUACCUGAGCAGAUUUUUCUCCAACAUGUCCUUUGAGGGUCAGACGGGUCCCGUUAGCGUUCAUCCCUCCAUCUCCAGGGUCUCCACCACACAUAGGUUCCACGUUUGGAGCCUUCAGAGGGACGCUUUGGGUCAGCCGAGCUGGGCCACGGUGGCUGAAUGGCGUUCUGGACACUUGGAAAUGGAUAAGAAAAGCAUUUGGCCGGAUUUAACGAAACAUGAAAUGGAUCAGGUGGUGACUGUUCAGCCAGGAGGACGUUGGCAUGUAGGACUUCCUGUUUCUAGGCAUAAGCUCCGUGUUGUGACUUUGGUGGAGCAUCCAUUUGUUUUUACCCGCAGGGCUGAUGAGAAUGGCCGAUGCCCAGCUGGACGUCUUUGUCUGGACCCUCGGACGAACAACUCAGACAUUCUAAAUCAUCUUUUCAGAGAUUUGGAGCAGAACAACAGCAGCUCGUUACCGCCUCAGAUGAGCAAAUGCUGCUACGGUUACUGUAUCGACCUGCUGGAGAAGCUUGCCGAAGACAUGCAAUUUGAUUUUGAGCUCUAUAUCGUAGGGGACGGAAAGUACGGUGCAUGGAAGAACGGCCAGUGGACGGGGCUGGUGGGGGACCUGCUGAGUGGCGCGGCCGACAUGGCCGUCACCAGCUUCAGCAUCAACUCGGCUCGAAGCAAAGUCAUAGACUUCACUAAUCCAUUCUUCUCCACCAGCUUGGCCAUCCUGGUGCGCAGUAAGGACACGGCCGCGCCCAUCGGCGCCUUCAUGUGGCCGUUACACUGGUCCAUGUGGGUGGGCAUCUUUAUCACACUUCACAUCACCGCACUUUUCCUCACCCUCUACGAGUGGAAGAGUCCAUUUGGAAUGACGCCGCACGGACGGAACCGUGUCAGAGUCUUUUCCUAUUCAUCUGCACUUAACCUGUGCUACGCCGUGCUGUUCGGACGCACCGUCGCGAGCAAGACGCCAAAAUGCUGGACCGGGCGGUUCCUCAUGAACCUCUGGGCCAUCUUCUGCCUGCUGGUGCUCUCCAGCUACACAGCCAACCUGGCAGCCGUAAUGGUGGGAGAGAAGAUAUUCGAGGAAGUUUCGGGAAUCCAUGACGCCAAGCUGCAACACCCGUCUCUGGGUUUUCGCUUUGGAACGGUCCACGAGAGCAGCGCUGAAGACUACAUGAAGAAGAGUUUCCCAGAAGUGCACGAGUACAUGAGACACUACAACCAGCCCACCACACCACAGGGGGUCGCUACGCUCAAGACAGAUCCUCCUCAGCUCGACGCUUUCAUCAUGGAUAAAGCUCUGCUCGAUUACGAAGCUUCCAUUGACGCGGAGUGUGAGUUGCUGACUGUGGGAAAACCGUUCGCUAUUGAAGGUUAUGGUAUUGGUUUACCCCAGCAUUCCCCGCUGACCCGUAACUUCUCAGAGGUCGUAAACGGAUAUAAAUCGGACGGUUUUAUGGAUCUGCUGCAUGAUAAAUGGUACCGAGGCGCUCCCUGUGGAAAACGGAGCUUCGCCGUCACCCAGACUCUGCAGAUGGGUAUCCAGCACUUCUCCGGACUCUUCGUGUUGUUGUGUGUUGGUGUUGUGGGUUCAUUACUCACACUGCUGAGUGAACACACCUUCUACAGCUUCAUCUUACCGCACCUGCACAACCAGCACAGGAUGAAGUACUGGCUCCACACCAGCCAGAAAAUCCACCGAGCGCUGAACACAGUGUGUGAUGAAAAGAAAACAGACCCCGUGAAAACAAACACAAACAUCCCCCUGUGUCUGUCAGAAGGCUGCCAGCUGCACCGCCUGCCCUCCGCCGAUCCCUCCAUCUCCUCCUCCUCCACCUCCAACAGCAAGUGGAACAACGAAAGUCCUGGAGCUUCCAGCAGCGACCUCAAAGAUCCCAACCACAAGCGCGUGCACUUCGACCUGGGCUCCGAGCGGGGCAUUAAGGGCGCGGACGCGGCCGCGGAAGGUCCGUCCGUGGGCGCUAAGCACUCGGAUGACGCCACGUAUAACCUGCUGGGGUCGGAUCAGGUGACCAGGAGGCCGGAUGGGGGCAUUAAGAAGCUGUUGAGGUCACAGCGGGGUAUCAGGGGGUUAGUGGGCAGCCCUCCCGCUCAGCUGUGUGCUAACGGAGAUACGGCGUCAGGACUCAGCCUGGUCCUCCUGCCCCCCGCCUGCCCCGCGUCGUCUCGCACCUCGGUAUGGGAGGGGGAACUCCAGGAGAUCGAGGGCAAAAUCGAAGAGUUCCGGGGGAACCUGCGGGCUGCGCUGGCACGGAGAGCCGAGCUCCAGAGGAACCUGGAGAAAGAGAGAGAGAGACUGAGACAGGCGGAGAGAGACAGCAGCCGUCUCACCCUCACCACAGACAUGAACAGGAGGAGGUGAUGAGUGAGACAGGAGGGACGGACAGGACAGGAGCGUCUCUCUUCUUCUCUCUUCUCUUACUUUAUAGAGGAAGUGUCGUUAGCUCGUCUCGUCACUGCG